AUGGACGCGUUCAGGUCUCCCGCCGCUUCGCCCUGGCCGGCCGGCGGCGGCGGUGGUGUUGGGUUUCGGGGGAGACAGAGAGGAGCUUCGGCGGCGGCGGUAGCGGCUGGCGCUCGGUCUGGAGGCGGUGACAGGAGCUCAGCAUGGAGAGCAAGGACCGGUAGCGGCGGCGGGGGUGACGGGGGCUCCGUGGAUGCUUUUUGCGUGUCUCCGUUUUCCCCGAGGGUAUCCCCUCGAGCUCUCAUGUCUUCGCCGGUCGGAAUCGACGGGCCGGCACGAGACGGCUCGUUCUCCCUCUCUUCCUCCCCCUCCUCACAGCGUGGCGCCUUUGCGGGAAGCGGUCGGUUGGAGGGGUCAGAUUGGUGGAAGGGUCUUGAUCUCAGUCCGGACCGUUGCGGGCUACCAAGAUGGAGGGAAUCUCGCAAGCCGGUAGCGACGGCCUCGUUUCUGCCAAGCGAUGACGUCACUGAGAACGAUGGCGGCGGCGAGACUGUCGUGGAGAUGACUUCCGUCUCCGCAGCGGCGGGGUUUCACGACGGGGGUGGCGGGGUUCGAGGGUUGUUGUCCCCGACUAGGAGCAGCUCCGCGCGCAUGUCGCGGUCUUACAUGACGCUGCUGGCGGCCGCGGCGGCGGAGGAGACGACCAAGGGCCGCCGUCAGCAGGGAGGGGGUGUGCCAGGUCGCGCAACUGGUGAGGUUUCCGCUACAGAGCAGGCGUCUCAACCCUUGACGGUGGAGGGCAGGCUCAGGCAACUGGAAGCCGAGAACUUAAGGCUGCGAUUUCGAGUGGCGGAUCUCGAAGGCCAGGUAAGUGUGAUGGAGGACGAGCUCGACAGGCGAGGAGUCGCUCGGCCGAUGCCUGCAGACCCAAAUAGCAGCAGCAACGCCGAGAGUUGCAGAACCGGCAACGCCGGCACGGCGGUUGUUGCUUCCGCUGACGACAAGAGCAACGCUAGCGCUUGCCGGGUGAAGGUGGAGGCAACAGGUGCCGCAAAGACUGUGAAAGCAGCAGCAGCAGCAGCAACAGCAGCGACAUCACCCAAGUCGAGGGGAGUUGAGGGGGAAGGAGGGGGAGAGGCUGGGGCGGGGAUAGUCAACGAUGGUCCCCUGUUGUCCCCCCGGGGUAGGGGGUACCUGGCGAGGUUGGUGCUGGAGGUUUGCUCGGAGAUCGAAGACAGUAAGAAGGCGGCUACGGAGGCUAAGGCUAAGGGAGGAGGAGCCAGCACGAGCACGAGCACGGUGACUACAACGGGCGAGGGGAUCGCGUCACGCCCGCGUUCGAUCCCGCACUCAGAACGCCUGUGCAAGGUGCUGCCGAAGGUGAUGGAGACGGCCAUCAGGGGGGUCAAAGACCUCGACGAACAGGUGUUCGAGCAGAUGAUGCGAACAGCCUCGGAGCGCGGCAGCGGCAUGGCCAUGUCCAUGUCGUCGCUGUCCUCCCCCGCCCACGGUGGCAGCCUGCCGCUCGGUACCCCCGCUCGCCGCCUCUCGAGCUGCGUCGUGGCCAGGGACGGAGGGGGGGAGUUCUUCGCCCAGAGCCCCGCCCCUGGCCGGCCUGCAAGCUUCUUCAGGCUUGUGGGAGAGCCUAAGACUCCUGCCAGAGGGGACGGUUCGGCUCUUCGACGGACUUCCAGCGGCAGUAGCAUCAAGGUCGUCCGCACGGCUUCGGCUUGGGACGCCACUCCGAUGAUUAAAAUGUUUACCGGAGGAAAGCCGGGGAAAAAGGCGGCAGCGGCGGCGGCGGCGGCGGCAGCGACCCCCCACAAAAAUGCCAGGGAAACCCCACUGAGAACGCCGCGAUCUGGGGGUGCGGGGGGUUUCUUUGGGGCUGGGGACUGGCUGGCGGCGGCGUUUACGCCCAGGGGCGCGCUCGCGCCUGACCCCGACAGGGCUCCACCGAGGAGGUUCUUCGGUACACCAUCGUUGCCAAGCUAUCUCAUCCGGAGCAAGUCGAAGAAACACGGGGAGAGUCGCGAGGCGUCCCCAAUAAAGAGCCUCUUCAGCCCGGGGGGCACGGAGCGGAAGGUGGAAGAGGGUGGCGAGGAGGACGUUCGUCACCUGACCAAAGAGCUGCUGGACCUCAAGAGCAGAUACAUGGCGUCAACCCAGCACUGGCUCAAGACCGACAUCGUCAACCACGAGGAGCUUAGGAUGAUCCGCGCCCAGGUGUUCGAGGCAAUCCAGAGGAAGCGAAGCGAGCUGCACACCGAGGCCGCGGCGGUGUUGAGGGCAGAGAGUAGAUUGGAGGAAUCGCUCCGCAUCCAGCACAGCGGCGGCAGCAACAGCAAGAGCAGCAGGGGAUGCGGAGACGGCGACAGUGGGGCUGGAGGCUGGGGUAGCAGCGCCGGCGGCGGCUGCGGCAGGGAACUGUCCUUGGGCAAUGGUUCGACGAGUGGCAAGGACGAGAACAAGGCUGCUGCUGAUGCCGCUGCUGCGGUGGCGGCGUUGCGGGAAGAGGAAGAGGCGAACCGCACCAUCGCCAUGCUGGCGGGGACGGCAGAAUUCCUCAAGUUUAGCCGCCUGCUACUCCUGCUGAGCGAGGCAAUCUCCGUCUCCAACUCGGUGACGUCGACAAAUGCAGCAGCAGCAGCGGCGGCGACAGACGGAGCGACUUCGAACCGCCGGAAUGCCGGCGGCGGCGGAGGCGGUGGCAGCCAAAGUACUGCCCAAGAAGACCUCGCGUUGACCAAGUCGAAAAUGCCGCCGCCACCGCCGGUGGCCCCUGGUGCAGCCGGUGUGCCGGAAAUUCUGACCGCUGUCGCUCGCGCCCGGGGCUCCGGGCGGAAGCGUAGGUAGGGGUACCCCCCCACCUACUCUGCUUGUUGCGUUUCCCCCAUUUGUAUGCGCGUUGUCGUGCAGCAGCGUUGUGAACUUUUUUUUUUGGGUGCCGUCCGAAACGCCCUCCGAGGAUUUCGAGUUCACAAACCGGGGGGCCCAGUGGCUGGUCCGGAGGGGCGAGGGGAUGGUCAACCCCCUGGUUUUUGUUGAUGCCGCGCUGGUUCGGGCGCCUUGCUCGCGGGGCCAUGGCGGUUCUUGAGGUUCAGAUGGGCUCCGUCUAUGGUGUGGGAGCAUUUGAUAUCUUGGUGCAGGAAGGUUGUCCCUGAACAGGUUCGCUCUCAGUAGAGAGUUUUUUCUUAUUGUCUUGCUUCUUGAGGAAAGCUGCGUGUGGUCUGUCUCCCUUUCCCAUCCCCUAAGGGUAACCGAAACAGAAGGGAAGUGGGUGAGGUUGGGCAUAGUUUAUCCUUGUGUUUUUUCUUUGCUGCUUCGUGUACGGGCGGGUAAAUGUUAGCGCUACUGCAAAGCAAGGAUGUGUCUAUUCUAGGCCUCUUCUUUCCUGCUCUUUUCCGGGAAGGGGUGGAGGCAUGGCAUGAGUGGAUGAUGAAUGACACGUUGGCAAACCAAACCAACGUGUUCUACCUUGCAUGUGAUCCCCAUUUUUCAUGCGCACAUGCUAACAUUUCUGUUUCCCAAUGUUCUAGGUGCAACAACGCAGAGGGAAAGACGGGUUUUCCGACGAAAAGCCCAAACGUUACUUCUGUAGGUUUGUUUUGGUACAUAUUUGCAGAUUGUCUGAGAAAGUGGUAGGAAAGUUGUAGAGAUUCUGGUCUGGGUAGAUAGAGCAAGAAAACGGUACUCAAGACAACAGCACCGGUGCAUGCUGGUGCUACAGCGGGAGUCGAGGACUAUCGACCCCACGUAUUCAUACGCGCAUUUUUUUUUUUUUUUCAUGCUGUCGUGCGUUAAGAGUGGACAUGUCGAAACAUGUCGCCGUUAGUUUUCUCUUGCCUGGUGUUGUGUAAUGCUUCGACAAUACUUUGAGGCGAGAGUCCCCGUGACUUGAGGCCACAUUGGUGGGUGUAUUCUUCCGUAUAUGUUUUAGAUCAAGCCCUCUAAUUAUCCCUACUUGGGAGUACACUUGUUGCGUGUAGAUCGGUGUCGUAACGUUUGGUCUAGGCUUCCGUUGAUUUGUUGUGUGUUCCAUGUGUUCUGCCGGAGUAUCCGCUCCUGCGUCAUCACUAUAUGUAUGUAACCGGUCUGUUGCUAUUGGCCACCAGAGCAAACUGUUGUUGCUUAGAUAUUCUGCUGCUGCUGCUGCUGCUGUGUAUCGUGUCGUUCUUGCUGACUGCGGGCGGAACAAACUGUCCUCUCAGUCUGUACAAUUUGCCGAUUGUCCGAAGUUGAUUUUCCACGGUAGGUUAUAUUUCGAUUGUUGCUCUGGCGGUCGGCUGUUGAUGUGCGAUAAGACGCCUCACGUUCCGAUAUCGUAUUUCAGUAUCCAUGGGGCACUUGGGUAACGGUAACGAUAUGUAUGGCGCGCAUGAGUCCUCCUUCCCCUCCGGGGGAGCAGUGCUGGUGGUCUGGUACACAUGUCCUGCCGUGUCAGGUUUGUUUUUGUGAGUAAAAUGUGGAUGGCAAAUAUUGUUGGUGGUAAUCCGAUUUAUCCUUGCCAAUCAGGAGAUUUUUGGGUGACACGAAGUGUUCAUUCAUCUUUGGUCAGGGUGGGCAGUGGGUGUUGUCUUGUCGCUGUCGCCAUGGAGAGGAAAAUAUAUGAAAAAGUAUCUCAUAACUUCUUGUGUCUACGGUGUUCGCUCCCGUGGGAUGUCUUCUCUGUACGUGUGUUCGCCCUGCUGUGAGGGAGACGCCGUGUGACUGGGGCACAACGAAUAGCAAUGAAAGUCGCAAUCCAGACAACAUUGUCAAGUUCGUAUUAAUAGUAUAGUUUGGUUCCUCCUUCCUUGUCUUGGUCUCCAACGGGCAGCCUAAAUCUCCGCGAUAGCCUUCACGAGUCAGUCGUUUAUCCCUUGUACUUUGUAAGCCGAUACUGCUACUGUAAAGCAUCGGCGUCUUGUCCCCCCCGCCAGAGCUCGGACCGAACAAACCAGUCGUUCCCACGCCAUUAACAAGGCAAGGCCCGUCUACCGGAAUGACACGGGACGACGUGGCUGUAGUCGCGAACGUUGUCGCUGUUGUUGUUUGCACGUGUGAUGCAAGGGGCUGUAUCGGUUUGCGCAGGAGGUAUAGUAAAUGAGUCGUAUGCAGUAGUGUGGCUUCGAAGAUGCUGCGGUUUGAAUCCAAUGUAAGGCGAGUGUUGGUGCGGGUACUCGGUUCAAGGAGCGUUCCUGUGCAGACGUGCCCGGACA